CCACAUCAGUUUCGUGUCGAACUCCGAACGCAUAGCACCUCUCGAGCGGAACUACCAACACAUCGCGGAAUGGAGAAGAAUAUGCCAUACGGUCGGGAGGAGCCCAUCCCCCUGGCACCGCCAUCCUAUGACAACACCCAGCAUGUAUAUCCACAGGUGCCUGUGACGGUGGCUCCAGCCCCCUUUGUCCAAGCACCUCAGGCCAAUAUUUUGGGUGGAGUUCCCUGCAUGGCCACCUGUCCCAGCUGUGGAGCUCGUCGGCAAACUAAUGUAAACUUUCAGCCCAGUACCAAGACCCAUUUGCUGGCCUUGCUAAUCUGCUUGAUUGGAGGAAUCUGCUGCUGCUGCAUUCCCUACUGCACCGACUCCUGCCAGUCGGCAAAUCACACCUGCAGUGCCUGUGGAGCUUAUGUGGGCACCUACAACAAUUAAUGUUUUUAAAACGAAUCUAAAAAUGGGAAUCCUCCCAAUUUGACACAGACAAAAUAUAUAUUCUCACCGAAGAAAUACAGUUGAGGGGCAGAAAAUGUUUGUUUUAUGGAAUUUAUCAAUAUGAAUAAAUAAUAAAUGUUAUUUAUAUAUGUAUAUGUGCACCAUAAUGAAACAUUCAAAUAAAAAUAAUCAAGUGAAGAAGCUGGACUUAGGGGAUUUUUAUGUAGACAUAUGAUUAAAAUAAAAUGAAAUUGAUAAGAAUAUUAGAAAGUAUAAAACAUUAUCGCUGAAACCAAAGCUUUGUUGCCUAGAAGACCGAAAUAUAUACUUUAGAUUUCGAUUUCAUUGCCCAAGUAUGAAAAUAUAUAUAUUUAUUUCAUAAAUGCGCAUUGCAUUCCAUCAUAAGCUCAUCAAAAAAUAAAGCGCUUGAUAACGACUCGAGCUUAUCAGCUGGGCUUGUAUUAUUCUCAGAAUUUCGGAAGGCAGACUUGAGCGGAAAUAAACAAGUAGAGCUUACGACUAGUACCUAAAAGAUGUCGACCAAAGGCAGACAAAAGGAUACAAAGCGAUCUCCAGAGGUCUACAGAAAUCUGAGUGAACCAGACCCAGAAAUUCCAAGGGAUAACCCAAAAAAAGGGUCCUCGGAAGGAUCUCUUAUCUCUGAUGACUUCAAACUAUCUUGGUAUCGAAGAGUCUUGUUUAAUCUGCGCUCUCUAAAUUGUUUUGGCAAGCCCUUGGAGCAGUAAACAAAUUAAUUAAGUGCUGAAAUCAAGACUAGGAGAUAAGUCAAAUCAAAAUUGUGAUUAUUCAUGAAUGCCAAAAAUUAUAGUUAAUGUAUUUUAUAAUUAUGUAUCCCAGUGUAUUCGAAUUAACUGUUUUAAUUAAUUAUGAUCAAUCUUGUAUAUUACAAAUAUUUUAAAAUGUAAAUAAAGAUUUCAAGAACUAA